AUGUCUGACCGGCCCCGCCCACUUCGGACGGUGGCUGGCCUGGUCAAGUCACCCGAGCAGCCAGCAGGCUGCAGGUCACUCACUGAUGACGUUGUGAGUGAGUCACAUGGGGAAGAGAGCUCCACCUCCGCCUCCUCUGCAGUCCCGGUCCCGCCCAUCUUCCCCAGCUUGAGCCUGCCCAGCCCAGCCCCUGUUGGCCCGCCGCAAGCGCAACUUCCACCACUCGCAACUCGGAGCAGCAGCCGCCAGCCGGCAGGGCAGCGGCUGCCCCAGGGGUCUUCCACAUGCUGCCGCCGGCCGCGGAGGCCUAGCCUUGCCCUCUGCCACCCGCUUUCCUCUCCGGGCCGGGGACCAGGUCACCCCGCGCCUGGGCAGGUCGCCCCGGAGCAGCAGGCACCGCCCCCAGGGGUCCCUCACAUGCCGCCGCUGGCUGCAGCAGCCACUUCUCUCCCUCUGCCGCCCGCUUUCCUCUCUGGGCUGGGGACUGGGUCGCUCCCAUGCACCCGGGCAGGCCGCCCCGGAGCAGCAGCCGGCAGGGCAGCCACAGCCGCCCCCGUCCCAGGGGUCCUCCGCAUGCCGCCGCCGGCUGCUGCGGCCUCUCAUCUCCCUCUGCCGCCCGCUUUCCUCUCCGCCACGCAUCCGGACAGGCCGCCCCAGAGCAGUAGCCGCCAUCUGAUAAGGCGGCUCCAGCCCACCCAGCCCUCUCCCUCUGCCGCCUGCUUUCCUCUCCGGCCGUGGACCGGGUCACCCCCCGCGCCUGGGCAGGCCGCCCUGGACCAGCAGCUGCCAGCCGGCAGGGCCGCCCCCGCCCCCAGGGGUCCCCCACAUGCCGCUGCCAGCCGCCACGGCCUCUCCUCUCCCUCUGCCGCCCGCUUUCCUCUCCGAGCCGGGGACUGGGUUCCCCCCAGCGCCCGGGCAGGCCGCCCCGGAGCAGCAGCAGCCAGCCGGCAGGGCAGCCACCGCCCCCAGGGAUCCCCCACAUGCCGCCGCCAGCCGCUGCGACCUCUCCUUUCCCUAAGCUUCCUGCUUUCCUCUCCGGGCCAGGGACGGAUUCGCCCCCCCCCACCCGGGGAGGCCGCCCUGGAGCAGCAGCCGCCAGCCGGCAGGGCAGCCGCCACCCUCGGGGGUCCCCCACAUGCCGCCGCCGGCCCGGAAAGGCGACAUGUGCGUUAG